CCCCUCGCGGGCGGAGGCAGCGGGCGGGGUAGGUUGCGCUUGCCGCUGGCUGGGGCAGCGGCCGCGGCUUUGCAGCAGGCAGCGCGCCGGCGGGGAGUCGGGUUCUGGGCUCCUGGCGCCGGCGGGGAGCGAGAGGGUCGGCUCUGCGACCCGUCCAUGCGGGGUGGGGGCCGGUGGCAGGGCCGGGGGCUCCAGCCGGGUCUGAGGGCGGCCGCAGAGGACCUGCCCGGCCGGCUGCCCCCUGCCCUGCCUCGCCCAGAGCCUGGCCAACCCGGAGGGAUGCUCUGUGCCUCCCAAAUCCCUCGCCUUGCCAUGCCCUGAAGCAGAAAGUUCGGGGGCCGGGGGCGAUCCUCCUCCUCCCGCUGCAAUGACUGCCCAAGGACUGCUGCUGCCCAGCCGCGACUGUGCCCUGCCUUCGCUCCCCAGGUCGUAAUGAACUAUUACAAGCUGUAACCAAGGCUCCCCCUCCUCGCCCCUCCCCCCUUUAAAAAGAUUUAUUUUUUAAUUCAAGAAAUUGUCAUCCGCCGACUCCUUUCCUCGUUAAUCGUUUAGACCCCAGGCUCUUUUCUGAGUAUAAGAGGGGGUGCGGUCUUCUCCAAGACGGCGCGCUGUAAGGACAGAUUCCCCCGAGCGACCCACAUACACCAUGAAGAGGUGCAAAUCCGACGAGCUGCAGCAAGAGCAAGGCGAGGAGGAUGGAGCCGGGUUGGAAGAUGCCAUUUGCCACCUGCCGGGUGCGGACCUCCGGCCUGGGGAGGCCACGGGUGCUAACUCUGCUGGUGGGCCAACUUCAGACGCGGGCGCUGCUGCGGCGCCCAACCCAGGUCCCCGAAGCAAGCCUCCCGAUUUAAAGAAAAUCCAGCAGCUCUCAGAGGGCUCCAUGUUUGGCCACGGCCUGAAGCACCUGUUCCAUAGCCGCCGCCGGUCGCGGGAGAGGGAGCAUCAGACGUCUCAGGAUUCCCAGCAGCAGCAGCAGCAGCAGCAGCAAGGCGUGUCUGACCAUGACUCCGCAGAUGAGAAGGAGCGCUCCCCCGAGAUGCACCGGGUCUCCUACGCCAUGUCCCUGCACGACCUGCCCGCCCGACCCACCGCCUUCAACCGCGUGCUGCAGCAGAUCCGCUCGCGGCCCUCCAUCAAGCGGGGCGCCAGCCUGCAUAGCAGCGGCGGGAGCAGCAGCCGGCGCACCAAGUGCAGCUCCCUGGAGCCCCAGCGAGGCAGCCCCCACCUGUUGCGCAAGGCCCCCCAGGACAGCAGCCUGGCUGCCAUCCUGCACCAGCACCAGUGUCGGCCCCGCUCCUCUUCUACCACCGACACGGCCCUGCUGCUGGCUGACGGCAGCAACGUGUACCUCCUGGCCGAGGAGGCGGAGGGCAUCGGGGACAAGGUCGACAAGGGAGACCUCGUGGCCCUGAGCCUCCCCGGUGGCCCCGGCCAUGGUGACACGGACGGCCCCAUCAGCCUGGAUGUGCCAGACGGGGCCCCAGACCCCCAGCGGACCAAGGCUGCCAUCGACCACCUGCAUCAGAAGAUCCUGAAGAUCACAGAGCAAAUCAAGAUCGAGCAGGAGGCGCGGGACGACAACGUGGCAGAGUACCUGAAGCUGGCCAACAACGCGGACAAGCAGCAGGUGUCUCGCAUUAAGCAAGUGUUUGAGAAGAAGAACCAGAAGUCCGCCCAGACCAUCGCCCAGCUGCACAAGAAGCUGGAGCACUACCGCCGGCGCCUGCGGGAGAUCGAGCAGAACGGGCCCUCCAGGCAGCCCAAGGACGUGCUUCGGGACAUGCAGCAGGGCCUGAAGGACGUGGGUGCCAACAUGCGUGCAGGUAUCAGUGGCUUCGGGGGCGGCGUGGUCGAGGGUGUCAAGGGCAGCCUCUCGGGCCUCUCCCAGGCCACCCACACCGCUGUGGUGUCCAAGCCCCGUGAGUUUGCCAGCCUGAUCCGCAACAAGUUUGGCAGCGCCGACAACAUCGCCCACCUGAAGGACCCUCUGGAGGACGGGCCCCCCGAGGAGGCGGCCCGGGCGCUGAGCGGCAGCGCCACUCUUGUGUCCAGCCCCAAGUACGGCAGUGAUGACGAGUGCUCCAGUGCCAGUGCCAGCUCGGCCGGGGCAGGCAGCAACUCCGGGGCUGGGCCCCCUGGGGUGCUGGGGAGCCCCAAGUCGAACAUGCUCUAUGGGGCCCCUGGAAACCUGGACACUCUGCUGGAGGAGCUGCGGGAGAUCAAAGAGGGACAGUCCCACCUGGAGGACUCGAUGGAGGACCUGAAGGCUCAGCUGCAGAGGGACUACACCUACAUGACCCAGUGCCUGCAGGAGGAGCGCUAUAGGUACGAGCGGCUGGAGGAGCAGCUCAACGACCUGACCGAGCUUCACCAGAAUGAGAUGACCAACCUGAAGCAGGAGCUGGCCAGCAUGGAGGAGAAGGUGGCCUACCAGUCUUAUGAGAGGGCUCGGGACAUCCAGGAAGCCGUGGAGUCCUGCCUGACCCGGGUCACCAAGCUGGAGCUGCAGCAGCAGCAGCAGCAGGUGGUGCAGUUGGAGGGUGUGGAGAAUGCCAACGCGCGGGCGCUGCUGGGCAAGUUCAUCAAUGUGAUCCUGGCACUCAUGGCCGUGCUGCUGGUGUUCGUGUCCACCAUCGCCAACUUCAUCACGCCCCUCAUGAAGACACGCCUGCGCAUCACCAGCACCGCCCUCCUGGUUCUCGUCCUCUUCCUCCUCUGGAAGCACUGGGAUUCCCUCACCUACCUCCUGGAGCAUGUGCUGCUGCCCAGCUGAGCGGCCAGCCAGCACCUACCCCAUGCUCUCCCCGGCCCCCAGCUGGCCAUGCCUCUCCAGGAGGGACCUUAGGACUCCGACUCCUUUGGACUUCUUCAUGUGUCCAGUGUGGCCUCCUGCCUGAACUGUCCAUUCCAGCCGCUCCUGCCCCGUCGCUGUUCUUGCUUCUCUGUCCGAUGCCUUCUCCUCGUGGACCUGAAAGGAGCCCUGGGGGCAGCACUGCCUGGAGGCGGUGGGGACAUCUGCGGCCAGAUGGAGCAGAAGAGGACACGAAGUUGGACUCUUGAUUAUUUACAGUCACACAAGGACUUCUCCCAGCGGACUGGGCUGCCACCAGUUAGGAAGGUCAAUGAGAACAGGAGCAGAAGAGGGCCAUGCUUCAGCUUUCCCAAGGAAGAGCGCACCCUGGUGGCAGCCACCGCUCCUUCCUGUGGAGACGGAUCAGGAAGAAGACAAGGGGGCAAGCGGGAGGCUCUCCCGGCCCCAGAGACAUCAGAGAAGAGAGGGGAGAAGCUCCCCAGCCUUGGACACCUGCCGGGCCAGAGAGCAGGCUCAG